AUGACACUGGAGCUUUACAGCAAGGGAGCAAGUGUGUGGAUUCCUGACCCAGAUGCAGUUUGGGUUUCAGCCCAGCUCCUCCAGGACUACAGUCCUGGAGAGAGACAACUACUCCUACAGCUUUCCGAUGAAAAGGAGGUACAGUACCCAGUGGCUUCUCCCACUGAUCUCCCACCGCUGGGGAACCCAGACAUCCUGGAGGGCGAGAAUGACCUUACUGCUCUCAGCUUCCUCCAUGAGCCUGCUGUCCUGCACAACCUGCGGGUUCGAUUCCUGGACUACAGCAGCAUCUACACAUACUGUGGUAUUGUGUUAGUAGCCAUUAAUCCCUAUGAUCAGCUGCCCAUAUAUGGAGAGGAGGUGAUAGAUGCUUACAGUGGUCAGGACAUGGCCGACAUGGAACCUCACAUCUUUUCUGUGGCUGAGGAGGCCUACCGCACUAUGACCAGGGAGGAGAACAACCAGUCUAUCAUUAUCAGUGGGGAGUCUGGCUCAGGGAAAACAGUCUCAGCCAAAUUCACCAUGCGAUACUUCGCUGUGGUUGGAGGAGCAGCACAGCAGACCAGCGUUGAGGAGAGAGUUCUGGCUUCCAACCCCAUCAUGGAGUCUAUUGGCAAUGCUAAAACGACAAGGAAUGACAACAGCAGUCGUUUUGGGAAAUACAUCGAGAUCGGCUUUGGCAGAAAUGGGGACAUCAUUGCAGCAAACAUGAGGACAUACCUGCUGGAGAAGUCAAGAGUCGUCUUUCAGGCAUCAGCAGAGAGAAACUACCACAUCUUUUACCAACUGUGUGCCUCCAGGGAGCUGCCUGAAAUGAGAUCUCUCAAACUGGAUGCUCCUGAACAUUUCCGCUACACCAAUCAGGGAGGAGAGAUGCAGAUACCUGGUACUGAUGAUGUUUUGGACCUGGAGCGCACUCGCAAUGCUUUCAUCAUUCUGGGUGUGCAGCCAGACCAACAGAUGGAGCUCUUCAGGAUCCUGGCAGCUGUUCUGCACCUGGGAAAUGUCAAUAUCCAAGCCAGUGGGAGAGGUUCUGACCGGAGUUAUAUUGAUGCAGACGACCGCUCUCUGGCUGUCUUCUCCAAGCUGUUAGGAGUGGAGGGCCCUCAGAUGGCCCACUGGUUGUGCCAUCGUAGGCUGGCUGUAGGGGGAGAGAUGUUGAUCAAACCUAUGACUGGUCAACAGGCUUUAGAAGCCAGAGAUGCACUGGCUAAACACAUCUACGGCCAGCUGUUCACAUGGACCGUCCAGAGGCUCAACUCUGCUCUGCGUACCCAGAAGCAACAGGUCAAAUCCUUCAUAGGUGUGCUGGAUAUCUACGGAUUUGAGACCUUUGAUCGCAACAGUUUUGAGCAGUUCUGUAUAAAUUAUGCAAAUGAAAAAUUGCAGCAGCAGUUCAACAGGCACGUGUUCCACUUGGAGCAGGAGGAGUACAUCCGGGAGGAGCUGGCCUGGAGCAGGAUCGAAUUCAGUGACAAUCAGCAGUGUAUUAAUCUCAUAGAAGGACAACUGGGCCUGUUUGAUCUGUUAGAUGAGGAGUGCAGGAUGCCUAAAGGUUCAGACGAGAGCUGGGUGAGGAAACUAUAUGACCAGCAUCUGACCAGCAAGCCCCACCCUCACUUCAGCAAACCUCGCAUGUCCAACAGCGCCUUCAUCGUUCUGCACUUCGCUGACACAGUGCAGUAUGAAUGUGGCAGCUUCUUAGACAAGAAUCGAGACACGGUUUUUGAGGAACUCAUUAACAUUCUGAAAGCAAGUCAGUCCGAGCUGGUGGCUGAGUUGUUCCAGCAGCAGGAAAACGUCUCGGUGGCCAUUAGAAGUGUCCGAUCAGGGAAAAGAGGCCAUAGAGAACAUAAACUGACUGUCGGCUUUCAGUUCCGUCAGUCCUUACAGAUGCUGAUGGACACACUCAACAGCACCACUCCUCACUACGUGCGUUGCAUCAAACCCAACGACCUCAAAGAACCAUUUAUGUUUGACCCAAAGAGGACAGUCCAGCAGCUGAGAGCCUGCGGAGUGUUGGAGACUAUUCGGAUCAGUGCUGCAGGUUAUCCAUCCAGAUGGACGUAUGAGGAGUUCUUCAGUCGGUACCGUGUUCUGCUCCCAGGGCCUCAGAGCCAGGAGCAGGCCAUUGCCUCGUGCCGGAAGACGCUCCCUCAGCUCAUUUCAGACCCGGACCAGUACUGCUUUGGAAAGACCAAAGUAUUUUUCCGGGCUGGUCAGGUGGCUCUGCUGGAGAGGCUCAGAGCUGAGAGGCUGCGAGUGGCUGCUGUGAUCAUCCAGAGCGGGGUCAGAGGAUGGCUGGCACGGAUCAGAUACUCCAGGAUCUGCUGGGCAACGGUUACUAUACAAAGAUACUGCAGAGGAACUCUGGCCAGACGUCUGGCCCUGACACUGCGUUACACCAAGGCUGCUUUAGUAAUCCAGAAGACCUACCGCAUGGUAGCAGUCAGACAGUUAUUCCUCAUGAUCCAACAGGCCACCAUCACCAUCCAGGCCUUCACCAGGGGCACACUGACCCGCCGCAGAUACAGACUGCUGGUGGCGGAGCGGGCUGCUGUGUUUCUUCAGGCGACUGUGCGUGGGUGGUUGGCGAGGCGGGCGUACAUGCGAGUGCAUGCGGCGGUGGUGUUCAUGCAGUGUUGUGUGCGCCGCAGGGCUGCCAGGAGGGAGCUGCUGAAACUAAAGACAGAAGCACGCUCAGUGGAGAGGUUCAGAGAGCUCAACAAGGGCAUGGAGGUCAAACUGAUGCAGUUGCAGUUGAGAGCAGACCAGGAGGUCAGGGAGAGUGCUGCUUUGAGAGAGACCUUACAUGCAGAGCGAGAGUCCGCUGCUGCAGAACUGGAAGCUCUGAGGGCGACAAUACAGAAACUAGGGAGCCAGAAACUUGAGAUGCCUCCUCCCUGCCCCAUUAUCAGUGAGAAGGUGGAGGAGAGGAGGAGAGCUGAGGAGAAGGCUUCACAGGAAAUCCUUCAACUUACACAAGAGGUGGAAGCCCUGCAGAGAGAAAAAGACAUUUUUAGCAAAGAGAAAGAGGAUCUCUCCUCUCGCUUGCUUGAACAAGAAAAAGCACAAGAAGAGUGUGUGCGUCAGGCUGUGACUCAGGCGAGUGCAGCGCUGAGGGCAGAGCUGGAUGAGGAGAGAAGAAAGUAUCAGGGUCUCCUGAGGGAGUUCACCAGACUGGAGCAGAGAUACGACAACCUCAGAGAGAUGAGUCUGCUCACCGAGCGCACCAAGGGCCACAGAAGGACAGACUCCACCCAGAGUCUGACUUUGGACACUCUCUCUCCCUCCUCGACUCCACUGUCACCCCAGUCAUUCACCCCACCCUUCCCAUCUACUUCCCCAUCUCCGGAGGAGGUCCGCAGGGUCAGCGUGACAUCUCCCUGCACCGAGAGAACAUUCUCACUGUGGGGUUCCGAAACACCAAUGGACCAGCUGAUGGAGAGGAUGGAUGUGGCCAAAGACCCGGCAGUGAAAAUGAGAGGGGAGGAUCUGGCACAUGCCUACGAUGCUGUGCGAGUAGCCAACAAGUUUAUGGAGAGCCAGUUGCGUAGUCAGCGCAGUCAGCAGGAGGAGGAGGUGGAGGCGCUGAGGUGCCAGCUCGGUCAAGCAAUCUCCAGUUCUUCUUCUUCUGCUACGCAACGACAGGAGCUGCAGGAACUACUGGAGGCCAGAGAGCAAGAGUGUGUGCGGCUGAGGAAAGAGCUGAAGGAACUUAGAAACACUGUCACACUCCGACGACUCCUGACGCAAGUUCUCCCAUCAGCUUUGACCACACAACAAGGCUCUUGUCCAUCCCGAGAGAAGCCUGCAACAGUCACUGGUUUGCUUGAAUGUAGAAAAAGAGAUGAAACCAAACUCAUCAAGAACCUCAUCACAGACAUCCGGGUCGACAGCGCCCUGUCACUACCUCCUGGUCUGCCGGCCAACGUGCUCUUCCUGUGUGUUCGCCAGGCCGACUGCAGCGGGGAUCAAACGCGCGCACGCUCACUCUGUAGCACUGCUGUCACUGCCAUGAAGGCAGCUCUGAAGAAACAUAAUAAUGAUAUAGGUAUGACAACACUGUGGCUGAAGAACGCAUGUCUGCUGCAUGACCUGUUGACCCAGCACUCCCCAAAACAGACCCUUGAUUCAGAAGACCUGGUGCCACUGACGACUGACCUAAGUGACUUGAUCCGUGCCCUGAGUGACCUCUGUAUCCAAGCCUAUCAGCAGCUCCUCUCCAUCACCGAGACACGUCUACAAAACAUCAUAGUCCCUGCCGUGUUGGAGAGUGAGACCCUCCCAGGUUUGUCUGGCGCUGCAGCAAAGCUGGUAGGCUCCAGGAAGCGAGCAGGCUCGGACCCCAGGGCCGUAGGAGGUGACGUUCCCACCAUGGCGUCAGUGAUGAGGGAACUGGGAGCCCUUCACACCGCCCUGUCCCAUCAGGCUCUGCCUCAGACGCUGAUGGAGCAGACCUUCCACCAGCUCUUCUACCUCAUCUCUGCCUCAGCUCUCAACAGCCUGCUGCUGAGGAAAGACGUGUGCUGCUGUAGCCGGGGCAUGCAAAUACGCUAUAAUCUGAGUUUGCUGGAGGAGUGGCUGCGUAGCCGGGGUCUGCAGGCAGGGGGUGCUGUGGCCACACUGGAGCCCCUCAUUCAGGCAGUUCAGCUGCUGCAGGCAGCGAAAAAGACAGAGGGGGAUGCACAGUCUCUCUGUCAGACCUGCACUGCCCUGUCCAGUCAGCAGAUUGUGAAGAUUUUGACCCUCUACACUCCCCACAGUGACCUCGAUGAAAGAGUCACCCUGAAUUUUAUCCGUAUUGUCCAGGGGCUUCUCAAAGGCCGCUCUGAUGGCCAACCUCCACAGCUCCUGAUGGAUGUGAGGAGAGUGUUUCCCGUCACAUUCCCAUACCUGCCUCCGCCCGUCCUCCGCGCUGAGCAGUUAGUCAUCCCAGACUCCCUCAAGAUCUCCUUUCUACGCAGAGCCUAAAAAGUCCUUUGGAAUUCACAUGACUUGCAGGAGAUGUAAUAAUUCUGGCUAUUUCAAAGGGGACUAUGUGUAACUAACCUUUUCAUUGUCAGUGGAUUAGGCUGAAUACUACAGAGAGAUGAGUGAUUUCUGAAAGGUCAGAAGCUUGGUCAAAGAUUUACAUCUCAGGUAGCUCUCUGAUGAGUUUGAAAUUUCUCACAAAAAGAUUACACAGAUGUUAGUGUAGCAAACAAGCAAUGAAAAGCUUUUUUUUUUUCUCUUCAUAUUUUAUUGGAAGCAGGAACACAAUGAGACUGCAGUCCAUGUAACCUCAACCCCCAAUAAGAACAACCAGAAUAAAAAAAACCCAAAAAUUAGAAACAUCUCGUGUAUAAAAAAAUUCCCAUGCGAGUACUUUGUACCACUACACAUCAUCAGUAAUACAUAUUUAUAUAUUCACAAACAUUUGAAAAAUAGAAAACAAGAAUGAAAUAUCAAAAUAAAGGAGACAACGAUUGGCAAGUAACAUCAAAUAAUUAUGCGUGCUGGCACAGUAACGUUUUUUUUGUU